AGUUCCAUACCCCUUCCAUAGAUUCGUCACAGAGAUUAAAAAGCUUCAAUCUUUUUAGUGGUUUCAUCCAGAAACAGAGAUAAGAGAUGGACUCACCGUCGUCGAGUGGAGAUUCAUUAACGGCGAGGAUGAUUCCACGACAUUCAUCGCUAGAUUCCUUCGGAGCGAUGAAGGUCGUUCAACUUGUCAACCUCGCAAGCAUAAGGGUCUCUAAAGCAGAGCUUCGUCAAAGAGUUAUGCUUCCCAAAUACCUCCGUCUCGCCAUCCGCGACUGCAUCCUCCGUAAAGACGAUUCCUCCCCCGCUUCCUCCUCCUCCUCCUACCUAACGCCGGAGGUUCCUCUGAUGGUUUUCGUUAACCCCAAAAGCGGUGGUCGUCAAGGUCCACUUAUAAAAGAACGUCUCCAGAAUCUCAUCAGCGAAGAACAGGUGUUUGAUCUAACGGAAGUGAAGCCUAACGAGUUUAUUAGAUAUGGUUUGGGCUGCUUAGAGGUGUUAGCAGCACGAGGAGACGAAUGUGCUAAAGAGAUUCGUGAGAGGAUGAGGAUUGUGGUUGCAGGUGGAGAUGGAACUGUUGGUUGGGUUCUAGGAUGUCUCGGUGAACUCAAUGUACAAAACCGGCAACCUGUUCCUCCGGUUUCUAUAAUGCCACUCGGAACUGGAAACGAUCUUUCAAGAAGCUUCGGAUGGGGAGGUUCUUUCCCAUUUGCAUGGAAGUCUGCCAUAAAACGAACACUCUAUAGGGCAAGUAUUGCUCCAGUAAGCCGUCUAGAUAGUUGGAAUAUUUUGAUUACAAUGCCUUCUGGGGAAAUAGAGGAUCCUCCUUAUUCUCUAAAGACCACACAAGAAUGUAUCAUUGACCAGAGUUUGGAGAUAGAGGGAGAGCUUCCUCCAUCCAGGAACGGAUAUGAAGGAGUCUUCUACAAUUACUUUAGUAUAGGUAUGGAUGCUCAAGUGGCUUACGGUUUUCACCAUUUGCGCAAUGAAAAGCCUAACCUUGCGAAUGGCCCUAUCGCCAAUAAGAUUAUAUAUUCAGGCUAUGGUUGCUCUCAGGGUUGGUUCAUGACGCAUUGCACAAAUGAUCCGGGUUUAAGGGGUCUCAAGAAUAUAAUGACAUUGCAUAUCAAAAAGUUAGACUCAUCCGAGUGGGAGAAAGUACCAGUUCCCAAAAGUGUAAGAGCAGUGGUUGCAUUAAAUCUACAUAGCUAUGGAAGUGGAAGAAACCCAUGGGGGAAUCUCAAACAAGACUAUCUUGAGAAAAGAGGCUUUGUGGAAGCUCAAGCCGAUGAUGGGCUUCUUGAGAUCUUUGGGUUAAAGCAAGGAUGGCAUGCUUCUUUCGUUAUGGUUGAACUCAUCUCUGCCAAACACAUUGCACAGGCGGCUGCGAUACGGCUAGAGAUAAGAGGAGGAGAAUGGAAAGAUGCGUUUAUGCAAAUGGAUGGGGAGCCAUGGAAACAGCCAAUGAGCAAAGACUACUCUACUUUUGUUGACAUCAAGAGAGUCCCUCACCAAUCUUUGGUCGUCAAAGGAGAUUGACUUGUUUAUAUUAAACUAAUCACUUCUUAUCAUAUAUGUCAGCACUGUAAUUGUGAAUGACCACUUCCACAUAAAAAACAUAUGAACAAGUAUACUACGAAAUAAUUAAAGAAGACCAAAUUGGCAA